ACAGGGGCAAUGGGGGGGUGUCCAGGCUGGGGUUCCAUCCCCUCGAUGAUCCUGGUGCUGGCAGCCUGGCAGCGCCCCUACCUGAACAUCUUCAAGCACUUCCGUGUGGAGGAGUGGAAGCGCUCUGCCAAGGAGGGGGACGUGGCCGCCCUCACGGACACGAGGAUGAAGGGAACAAUAUACCGGAUCCGAGGUUCCAACCCAGCCAGCAGCUACCUGCAGCUGCCACGGGCAGGGACGCAGUCCCUGGGGCUGACAGGGCGCUACCUCUACCUGCUCUUCAGGCCCCUGCCCCACAAGCACUUCCUCGUGCACCUGGAUGUCGCCACCGAGGAAAACCAGGUGGUUCGCAUCUCCUUCUCCAACCUCUUCAAGGAAUUCAAAUCCACAGCCACCUGGCUCCAGUUCCCCUUUGUCUGCGGGGCAGCCAGCGAGGGCACGGCCCGGCGGGGUGUGCCCGGAGCAGCCCCGGCUGACGUGCGCUGGACGUGCCUGGUGCUGGACCUGCCCUCCAUCCUGGCCCUGUACCUGAGCCGCAGGCACAGCCACCUCAGGGGGGUCAAACUCUGCUGCAACCUGCUCGUCAAAAACCUCUGCACCAGCGACCUGCUCUUCGAGCCAGGUGUGACAUUCACCAGGGCCCGCCUGGGUGACCUGUCCUGCCGUGGGGUGGCUCCCAUGCCCCGGGAAUUGGCCUUUCCUGUGCCCAGGGGGGAGAAGUGGCACGACCUCUAUGACUACAUCAGGUUCCCAUCUGAGGGGGCUAAGCUGCUGCACAACUCCAUCCAGAAGAGCUUCCCACAUCCUGUGGCAGGUGACCAAGUGCUAGAGGAGCCCGGCCGCCCGCUGACCCAGCCAGUGACACUCUCCAGAGCAGUCUGUGACCUGUCCCUCAUCCAGCACACAAGCAGUCCCAAAGCUGUGCCACAUCGGUGUCCUGCAAUCACAAAAAGCAUCCCUGAGGUUCACCUGGCAGUCCCAGGGCCUCUGGGAGCUGUUCCUGCUGGAGACCUGGUGCUGGAGGAGAAGCAGAGGCUGCACGGUGCAGGGGACACCGGGCAGCCACAGCCACUCGGUGAUGGUGGCAUCCAUGUCUAUGCUCAUCGGAGGAGGGGACAGACAACCCGAGCUGUCCCUGGCUUGGAGGAGGGGCUUUUACCGGAUCCCAUCCUGAAGCUGAGAACAAUUAUUGGCUUUGGAGGCUGCAGCACCAAAUGGGCUCUGUGGACGCAGGACAGCAGGGCCGUGGUGUACCCCUGCCACGCUGUCAUCGUCGCCCUGCUCCUCGAGACUGGCGAGCAGAGGUUCUUCCUUGGCCACACGGACAAGGUGGCGGCGCUGGCGUUGGGUGACACCGUGCUGGCCUCGGCGCAGGCCGGGCCCCGCAGCCUGGGCCGCCUCUGGGACUUCCCCACGGGAGCCUGCCUCUGCCUCUUCAAAACCGACCUGCAGUCCCUGCUGUGCCUCAGCUUUUCCCACAGUGGAGCUGUUCUGUGUGGUGUUGGGAGGGACGUGCACAGCAAAACGAUGGUGGUGGUGUGGAACACUGCUCAGGUGACCUGUGGUGGAGGUGUGACUGUGCUGGCCAAAGCACACACAGAUGCGGAUAUCCAGGCCAUGAAGAUUGCUUUCUUUGAUGACACCAGGCUGGUGUCGUGUGGCCGGGACAACAUCAGGCUGUGGCGAGUGCGGAGCGGAGCCCUGCGCUCGUGUCCCGUCAGCCUGGGCGAGUACCACUCCCUGGACUUCACCGACCUGGCCUUCGAGGCGGGGCCCGCGCCGCAGCCGGAGGACCGUGCGCUCUUUGUGUGCAGCAGGAGUGGCCACGUGUUGGAGGUGGACUACAAGAACAUCUGUGUGCGGAGUGCACGGCGCCUGCUGCCUGCACAGCCCCAGGGGGACGGGCAGGAGCAGGCAGGGAGCAGCUCAGGCCCUGGGAUUGCUAUAAACAGUAUCAGCAUGUCCUUGACCUUCUGUGCCACGGGAUCAGAGGAUGGCUACGUGAGGCUGUGGCUGCUGGACUUCUCAGCUGCUGUCCUAGAGGCUGAGCAUGAGGCUUCCGUGAGUUCUGUCUGCAUCAGCCCAGACAGCCACAAAGUCCUGUCCACGACAGCUGCUGGGGCUCUGGGCUACCUGGAUGUGCAGGCCCGGGACUACAGCACGCUGAUGCGCUCCCACCAGGGCUCUGUGCUGGGCUUCUCAGUGGAGGGCAAGGGGAAGCAGAUAGCAACAGUGUCCCAGGACAGCACCAUCCGAGUGUGGGACCUCGCCUCCAGGCAGCAGCUGUAUGACUUUUCAGCUGCAGAGGAAACUCCUUGUACUGUGGCCUUCCACCCCUUCUGGGAGAUGCUGGCCUGUGGCUUCGACAGCGGGGUGGUGAGGACCUUCAGCCUGGCUGCCUCUGACCUCCUGCUGGAGCACAAGCAGCACCGCACCGCGGUCACCGGGCUGACCUUCUCUCCAGAUGGCAAUUUCAUGUUCAGCUCCUGCUUGCAGGGAACUCUGGCUCUGUACAGACUUGCUGCACGGAAAAUCCAGGUUCUGAGAGUCGUGGGCAAUGUGGUGGCCCGGGAUGCUGGGAGUGGCGUGGACACUCUGGUGGUCAGUGGGGACAGUCGCCUGCUGGCCUUCGUGGGGCCCUCCAAGUACGUGGUGACAGUGAUGGAGGCCUGCACACUCGAUGAGCUGCUGAGGGUGGAUGUCAGCAUCCUGGACCUGCACAGCACCAUCUUGGACUCUGCAGUGAAGGUCUGCUUUGGUCCUGUGCCUCAGGGGGAGCUCCUGGUAUCCACUUCUUCCAAUAAAAUCCUUGUGCUUGAUGCAAAAACCGGACGGCUGGUGCGAGAGGUGUCCCCUGUGCACAAGCUGAGCUGUUCCUCCUUGGCACUGAGCAAGGAUGGCCAGUACCUGCUCACUGCUGGUGACAAGGUCAUCAAAGUGUGGGACUAUCGGAUGCGCUUCAACAUCAACUUCCAGGUGUUCAUCGGCCACUCGGAGCCCGUGCACAAGGUCGCCUUCACCCCAAACCAAGAGCACGUCAUCAGCGUUGGGGAUGCCAUCUUCCUCUGGGAUUUCCUAGCUCCACCUCCAGUCAAGUCAUCCCCAGCCAGGGCUUGUUCCCCCGUGUCCACCCUGGUGCUGAGGUCAGACAGCAGCUCUGAGACGCCCAAGGAUGUCUCUGAGACCCCUCGGCAGACAGUGCCUCUUCCACUGCUGUCCUCCCCACCGUGCCUGGAUAUCAGCUCUGUCCACCCAGCAGGAUUUCAAAGUAUUUCCUCUGAGUCGGACAGGGAGGAGGAAGCAGAUGUACCAGACAGCAGCAGGAAGGUGGCAAAUGAGCACAAAGAUGCCUCAGUCAUUGUGGUGGAAUCAGAGGAAAAUGAGGAGCCUGUUGUGAGGCCCAAAGUGAGGCAGGAGAGCUCGAGGUCUCCUGAAAAGCCAGCAAACGAGCCCAGGAAGGCGAGCAAAACUCCCAAGUCCCAGUGUUCCAUCCGCCCAGAUUCCUACCGGCAUUUCACUCCUCGCUUCAAGGCAUCAGUGCUCCCCCAGAGUUUCUCGUCUCCUCCAGCGGGCAGUGAGGUGCUGAAGCUGAAAGCAGUGAUCGGCUACAAUGGGAAUGGCAGAGGGAAUAUGGUGUGGAACCCGGAUACAGGCUUCUUCGCCUACUCCUGUGGCUGCGUCAUCGUGGUUGAAGACCUGCACUCGGGGUCCCAGAACCACUGGCUGGGCCACGCCGAGGAGAUCUCCACACUCACCCUCAGCCACCAUGCCCAGGUUCUUGCUUCUGCCUCAGGGCAGAAGGAUGGAGACUCCCACUGUCAGAUCUGCAUCUGGAGCACCCAGGAUGGGGCCUGCACAGCAGAGCUGUUCCACCAUGAGACACAAGUGCAAGCCAUGGCAUUCUCCUGUGAUGACAGAUUCCUUGUCACCAUAGGGGACUACCGUGACCAGACCAUGGCUCUGUGGAGCACCCACACCUAUGAGCUCAUGCUGUCCACUCGUAUCUCAGAGCCUCUCCAUGAUGUGGCUUUUAGCCCUUUCUCUCACCAAGACCUCGCCUGUGUGGGGAGGGGAGCUGUGACAUUCUGGGUGUUGGAGCAGCAGGGAGCUGCUGUCAGAUUCAAGGUUCAGCGUGCCCCUGCCCCGGACGUGCUGGGGCUGGUGGAGCUGACAUCUCUCUGUUACGGUGCUGACGCUCUCCUCUACAGUGGGACCAACUCGGGCCAGAUCUGUGUGUGGGACACAGAGACCAAUUCCUGCUUCAUGACGUGGGAGGCUGAUGAGGGCGAGAUCGGUGUGCUGCUGUGUCGGCACCAGCGGCUGCUCAGCGGCAGCAACACGAAGCGCAUCCGCCUGUGGUCCGUGGCCACCGUGCAGGAACUGAGGCUGAAAGGGCCCAAUGCCAGGUCUGGCUCAGUCCUGCUGGAGCACGAGAUCACCCUGGAUGGGACCAUUGUGAGCGCAGCCUUUGACGACUCCCUGGAAAUGGGAAUUGUGGGCACCACGGCAGGGACCCUGUGGUACAUCAACUGGGUGGAGAGCACCAGCAUCCGACUCAUCAGUGGCCACAAGAACAAGGUGACCGAGGUGUGCUUCAGUCCCGACGAGAGUCACUGUGCCACGUGUGGGGAGGACGGCAGCGUGCGCAUCUGGGCUCUGGGCAGCACCGAGCUGGUGCUGCAGUUCCAGGUGCUCAACCAGAGCUGCCAGUGCCUGGCCUGGAAGCCUCGUCCCGUCGGGGUGUGGCCUUUUCCCGGCGAGAGCCAGCACGUGGUGGCAGGGUACAGCGAUGGCACUGUCCGUGUGUUCAGUGUUUCCAGGACAGAGAUGGAGCUGAAAAUGCACCCCCACGCUGCUGCACUGACAGCAGUCACCUACUCCACUGAUGGGGAAAUGAUCUUAUCAGGGGGCAAGGAUGGGGUAGUGGCUGUCAGCAGCCCUCGCACUGGAAUGACCAUCCAUGUCCUGGCUGACCACAAAGGCUCCCCCAUCACCGUUCUCCAGUGCACCAGGAAGCAGUACCAUGACCUCGGCGUGGAAGGAGGGGAGCUCUGGCUGGCCACCAGCUCCGACCGCCGGGUCAGCGUCUGGGCCUCCGACUGGCUCCAGGACAAGUGUGAGCUCCUUGACUGGCUCAGCUUCCCAGCCCCUGCUGGCCCUGAGGGUCUUGACAGCCUCCCUCCCAGCCUGGCUGCUUUCUGCCCUUGGGAACACGGUGUGCUGGUCUACGUGGGCUUUGGGCUGCAGAAGGAGGCUUUGUUCUACAGCCUGAGGAAGAAACAGGUGUUCAGGAAGAUCUCCCUGCCAGCCUUUGCCACAUCCCUCAGCCUGUCCCCUGCUGCACCUUUCAUGGCCCUCGGCUCCAAUGCCCAGGUGGGGAAGACGUCCCUGAUCAUGGCUCUGGUGGGAGAGGAGUUUCCUGAAGAGGUGCCCCCCCGGGCAGAGGAGAUCACGAUCCCGGCCGAUGUCACCCCUGAGAAGGUCCCCACGCACAUAGUGGACUACUCAGAGUCAGAGCAGACGGAGGAGGAGCUGCAGGAGGAGAUCGCCAAGGCCAACGUGGUCUGCAUGGUGUACGAUGUCACCAAGGAGGCCACCAUUGACAAGAUUCGCACAAAGUGGAUCCCCAUGGUGAACGGGGGACUUGAAAAGGGAUCCAGAAUCCCCAUUAUCUUAGUGGGAAACAAGUCUGACCUGCAGGUGGGCAGCUCCAUGGAGGUCAUCCUGCCCAUCAUGAACCAGUUCUCGGAGAUUGAGACCUGCGUGGAGUGCUCUGCCAAGAACCUCAAGAACAUCUCUGAGCUCUUCUACUACGCCCAGAAAGCCGUGCUGCACCCCACUGCCCCGCUCUACGACCCAGAGGAGAAGCAGCUCAAACCCGCCUGUGCUCGAGCACUGACCCGGAUCUUCAACCUCUCGGACCAGGACAACAACCAGAUCCUCAGUGAUGAUGAGCUCAACUACUUCCAGAAAUCUUGUUUUGGAAACCCCCUGGCUCCCCAGGCCCUGGAGGAUGUGAAGAUGGUUGUGUGGAAGAACACGACAGACGGGGUGCAGGACAACGGCCUCACCUUGAACGGCUUCCUCUUCCUCAACACCCUCUUCAUCCAGAGGGGCCGGCACGAGACCACCUGGACCAUCCUGCGCCGCUUCGGCUACGACGACGAGCUGGAGCUGACAGAUGAUUACCUGUACCCACAGUUCCGUGUGCCCCCGGGCUGCUCCACGGAGCUCAACCACUUGGGAUACCAGUUCCUGCAGAGGCUCUUUGAGAAGCACGACAAGGACCAGGAUGGAGCCCUGUCGCACACAGAGCUGCAGAACUUCUUCAGCGUGUUCCCCUGCGUGCCCUGGGGUCCCGAGCUCUACAACACGGUAUGCACCACUGAUAAAGGCCUGCUUUCCCUGCAUGGAUUCCUCUGCCAGUGGACGCUCGUGGCUUACCUGGACGUACGGCGCUGCCUGGAGUGCCUGGGCUACUUGGGCUACCCCAUCCUCUCGGAGCAGGACUCCCAGACCCAAGCCCUCACAGUGACCCGGGAGAAGAGGAUUGACCUGGAGAAAGGACAGACCCAGAGGAAUGUCUUCCUGUGCAAGGUGCUGGGAGCGCGGGGCGCAGGCAAGUCCGCCUUCCUGCAGGCCUUCCUCGGCAGGAGCCUGGCGGCCCAGAGGGAGAGCCCAGGACAGCCAUCCCUCUACACCAUCAACACAGUGCAGGUCAAUGGCCAGGAGAAGUACCUCAUACUGUACGAGGUCAGUGCUGACACCACCUUCUCAAAGCCCUCGGACACAGCCUGUGAUGUCGCCUGCUUCAUCUACAGCCUGAGCGACCCCAAAUCCUUCAGCUACUGUGCCAGCAUCUAUAAGCAGCACUACGUGGACAGCCAGAUCCCCUGUGUCUUCGUGGCCUCCAAGACAGACCUGCCAGAAGCCAGCCAGCAGCCAGGGCUCUUGCCAGCUGAGUUCUGCUACAAGCACUGCCUCCCUCCACCCUUCCCCUUCUCCUGCCACAGCCAGGGACCGCCCAGCACCGCUGUCUACACCAAACUGGCCAUGGCUGCCACCUUCCCCCACCUGAACGCCGUGGAGUUGGGAGUCGCGUCCUUCUGGCUGCGGCUGGCGCUGGGGGCGGCGGUGACGGCGCUGGUGGGCUUCACCCUGUACCGCCUGCUGGCCAAGAACAAGUGAGAGCCACUCCCCGCUCGUCCCUGUGACACCAGCUCCCAUCCCCAGCGACGCCCAGAGGGGCCCCGCCUCAGGCUGGCCCCUGGUAGGAAAUCCUCCCUUGCCCCAGCCUGGAUUGCAGAGCAGUGCAGCCAGACCUCUCAGCACCAGCAGCAUCCACCCCUGGCACCGGCCAGCCUCACCCCGUGGCCUCCUGGCCCCUGUGGCCACAGGGCAAGCAGCUCUGCCAGGAGAGCUCUGCCUCGCCAGCAGCUGGAGGAUCACCCUCAUCUUCUAUUCUGUUCCAUUUUUUUAACGCUUGUUUUUAAGCUCCAACAUGAGUGUUUCAGUGUCUGUUGGACUGGGCACAUCCCCUCCGCUGAGGGCUGUUCUGGUGCCCUCAAUUCUGGAGGGCACAGCGCUCCCGGGGCCUGUGGGAGCUCCAGCAGCAGCUGAGCUGUCAGAUGAGCUCAUGGCUGCGGCUCCCUGGGGCACAGCUCCAUCUCCUGCCCCGCUUUCCCUCAGCCAGCGCUGGCAAAGGCAGCCAGGGAGGGAGGGCCAGGCACCGACACCCCCAGCCCCAGCGUGUGGUCAGGCCUGGCCCCUCCUGCCGGGACACAGGGGGGACAGUGGCAGCCAGGGUUUGUCCUCAGCUCCUUCCUGUUGUUCCUACACAAGAAUCCUGUGAGGUGCGCCAGGCUCCGGGUCCAUCCACCCUCCUUUCCUGCCUCCUGUUUGGCCUGGCCCCUCCCUUCAUGGCCACCAGCAUUCAUGGCCACCAGGAUUUGCAGGGCUCUGGGAGGGCGUUGGAUGCCCACUGUGUGCCCAAUCUUCCCCUGGCGGUGCCAUCACUGAGCUGGUGCCACACUGUGCCCUAGGCAGGCCCUGUGACCUGCUGUCCCCUCUGUGGGGCUGUGGGCAUUGCCUCUCCUGCCACCACUGGAAGCUCCUUCUGUCCUGUCUCCUGUGCCCUGCCCACACCUGAGCUGGUUGCAGCUGCUGGGGCUGAGCUCAGCACCCACUGGGGCAACGUCCCUGUCUGCAAGUCCCAAAGAGCAAGGCCAGCCCCCAUCCCUGCAUUCCUGUCCCCCCAGGGGAGCCUGGAUCAGCCCUGGCCCUGCCACCAGCCUGGCCCUGCCACCAGCCUGGCAUCCCCAGCACGCUCAGGGUUGCACCCAGAGCUGCUUUUUCUGUGUUUUGUCUAUUUAAAUGUUUUAUCGUGGCCUGGAGCCAGCGAGGGGAUGGAGAAAUCACAGGGUAGCACCCAGGGACACCCCCAGGGUGGUGUCCCCAUCCUGCUGUCCCCAGCCGGGUGUCCCUGCCUGUGCUGGAGCUGCUCUGCCCAUCGGGCACCGCCAGGGCCACGUCCCUGGUGUUCAAUGUCCUUCUCUGUGCCCACCGUGCGUGGCUCUGCCAGCCGGGCCCGUGCCUGGUGUCUCCGUGCUCCACAUCUGCUGGGGCUGGAAUGUUUGGAGUUUGUUCUCUACAGCAAAAUAAAUUUUUACACACCUUGCGCUUGCA